UCAUUCAGACAAGCAGCAACAAGCCAGUGGACUAUGGCUUUACUGUACGUGCAGCCAUCACACACUGGAUACAAGGAUCAAGUCUGACCUCUCACUCUCCUGUGGUUUCAUCUACUGGUAGAAAGUAUGUGGAUGGAUGCACGGCUUUCGACUGUAACCCCACCUGUCCAAGUGGUCUAAAAGCUGCUGACAAGAACUCUGGAGAGCAAUGGCCAACGGGAGUCAAGGCAUUUAUCAUCGUCAUCACUACCCUGAUGAUUGUGGUAUGCUGUGUGAUAAAGGUGUACUUCAUGCUUCGUGUUCUCGUCAUACAACAAAAUUAUGACAAGUUUUGUGGGAGACUGUGUGGACUUGAUCUUAACCGAAGUCAGCAAAAACUGAAGAUUGCAGCUGGAUUGCCGGGCCGCAAUGUCAAUGUCAGCGUCUCUUGUAGAGAAGUGAAUUUCAAUAUCAAGAUUCCCGUAUCAGCUGAAGAGAAUGGAGAGGAGGAUAGUGAAGAGCAACUACACACUGAUGAUGGCAAGAUGUUUUUCAGUGACAAACAUACACACGGCUCUUUCCAAGCAACCCAUGGUGCCCCAGCCCGCAGCCGCAAAACAAUCAUCCCUGGGCAUGACAGACUUUCACGACUCCUGCGCCCAACAAUGAAAGAGAAGAGGCCAUUACUACAGAACAUUACAAUGCAUUUCAAGAAUGACUGUGGUCGUAUGAUUGCUAUCAUGGGACCCUCAGGUAGUGGCAAAACAACCUUUCUCAACCUGCUUACGGGACGCUCAAAGUCUAGAGAUAUAGAGGGUGAAGUAUUGGUGAGAGGUUAUGACUUGAAGCAUGUGCGUACUCAGUAUCAAGCUAAUCUUGGAUACACGCUACAGCUAGCAUCGCCGUACUAUGAUGAACUGACGGUCAGAGAGAACCUGCUCUACUGUGCACUCAUGAGACUGAAGACAUCGGACACAAUGGAACAUGUAUAUGAGCGUGUUGAACGUGUCAUUGAGGAGGUUGGUUUGCAGAAAGCAUCUUCAAAGGAGAAUGGUAGAGAACGGCCAACAGGAGUGAUCAGUGGUGGAGAGAAACGUAGACUAUGUGUUGCUAUACAGCUACUCAGUCAACCCAGUAUUGUCUUCUUAGAUGAACCAACAUCCGGUCUUGACUCAGCUGGCUCCUUGGAGUUGCUCACCAUGCUGAGUGUGGCAAAGAAAGGAAGACUAAUCAUUUUGACAAUCCAUCAACCAAGACCCGAGAUAUAUCAUAUGUUUGACAGAAUUCUUUUCCUUUGCUCCGGAAAGGUAGCGUUCUAUGGCAAGCCAAAGUAUGCUGCCCCGUUCAUUGCGUCGGCAUUCAAGGAGCUUCCGGAUAUCCUGCGGAAGAAGAAUAUGCAAUCCUUAAAUCCAGCUGACGUUGUUCUGGAUCUGUUGAGCAAUGUCAAGUACCAACAGAUGUUGCUGGAACAUUACCAGAGCUCGCCGAUCCCACGGCAAUUACAUCUCUGUAUCGACCGGGUACAGUCCAACGCAAGACUCGGCAUAUUGAGACAAGAUCUCACCAUGGAUACCGAGGAGAAAUUGAAUACGUCCGUGGAACAUGACCAAGAGGAUCUUGCUCCGUCCAUUGAUCGUCAGUUCUUGGCAUUGGAAGGUCGACUGGGUCGUCAACCGUGGAGUGACAUUAAAACUCUGGUAUACAUCCCAUUGUUUCUAAUUGCUUACACCGUUGGUCUUGGUAUUGCCUACUGGAGAGCAGACAAGAGUUUCCUCUUGCUAGCUGGUUUCAGUCUGUUCUCGUCAGCCAGUCUUCUCUUCAUCUCUCCCGCUAUUUCCACUCUGCUCAUCAACCGCUGUAUACAUCUGUUCCAGCUUGAGAAAGCUGACGGGGUGUGCAGCUCAUGGCAGCUAGUACUGCACACGUUUAUACAUAUGGUUGCCUUGACUACAGUGCCGUAUCUCGUCGCCACGGCUGUCAUAUUCGGCAUGGUGGUAGAGUUGGUGGAAGCGUGGACUUUCUCGAUGUACGCCAUGGUGGCACUGCUGAAUCUCAUGUUGAAUGCUGCUGAGAUGGCACUGAUCAUAUUCGUAGUGUGUUUGUCCCCUGAGUUCUCGGAAGCAUGCAUACAUCUUCUGACAGCUCUAUCAGCAUUCUUUGAAGGAUUCCUGUUCCCGCUUUGCAAGAUGCAUUGGGCACUGAAGUGGAUAGUCUUCAUCAACCCUAUGUUCUACGGAUUUGCGGGAGAAAUGAACACUCUGUUGGCCGGACAGAAACUGAAAUGUACAGACACACUCAAACUAGGCACAACUGCAUGCAUACAGAACUAUGGUGAUGUGAUCCUGGAGGAGACGGAGUUACAAGUUGUUUCCGAGUACACGGCGCUCGCUGUUCUGUUUGGCAUGACAAUUCUCUUCCUGCUCCUAGCAACUCUGUCACUAAUGUCUGUUCGGCGAGAUAUCGCUACGGCUAGCCGUGACAUUCGAGCAAAGCGGAGACAGGGUCAAGUGAGGGCUGACUUGCAACAUCAGCUUGUUCAAGAAGCAGCAGGGUUUGUGUGUACUCACCCGAGCGGUGCUCCGGUCAAACAAGAAAUGUCUGCGUCUGAUCUUGAACCAAGGAUAUUACAAGUUACAAGAGAGGAUGGCAAGUACCAAACGCCUGGUAAUAGCGGAGGCCAAACUCCUGUCGGCCAAGAUGAGCGCGACAGUCGCCAUCGAUAUUUUGGCUUUUUUCGUCGGCCGUCAUCUGAUGCUACAACACCGCCUCAACGUUCUCUCGCUGCCGGUGUGAUCGAUCGGAUACUUGCCCUAGGUACGCCCACACGUCCUGCAUUACCCACAGCCUUGGGAGGAGGUUCAAACACCAAACCAGUUCAAACACCUGUAUCUACUACUCCGCCAGUACAAACACCAAGAUCAGCUACACCAGAGCAAACACCACCAUCAGCUAGGUCCGGAGAAAGACGAAUUGUGGGUGGCGGUUGGCCGUUGAGGAGAGAAUUUAGAUCUCUGCCUGUACUCGAAGAAGACCAGUAUGAAGAAAGUUCUGCUUCAGAAAGUGACGAUGAAGAUGAAGAUGAAGAGCAAUCAAAGAUGCCGGCUGAGGAUGAAGACCUGGAAUUUGGAGCCGAGGAAGGCUGUAUACAGGAACUGCCAUCACCCAACAUGAGUCUUGGUGCGCGGGCAGCAUUUCACUCCUGGCACCGUAAGACACUGGAAAGACAAAGCACAGAGCAACGCUCAGGGCCAGGGCAACGUUCAGGGUCAGGGCAACGUUCAGAGUCAACCAGUAGCAGUGCAGAACAAGCAGCUCGUCUUCUUGCUGCAGUUGUUAGUCGCAUGAAGUGUAUGAUGUCACACCGUCGUAGCAAGGCAGCAAGACAGAUGAAGAGACGGAAACGUCAGGUGGAGCAAAGUCUUGAAGACUUCAUGGCCGUACUCCACCUCAUACCGGAGGCGAACACAGCUGCUGAUUCCCAACCAGCGUCAAGGAAAGGAUACCCGUUGACCAAUUCUCUGCCGUCGGAAGACAAUUUCCGAUUAUCCAGACCAAGUCGGACACCAUCUCGGGAAACAAGCCGACCACAGUCGCGGGAGGUCACAUUUCAGGAUGCAAACGCCGAAAGAUCUGCCGAUAGACGUCAGUACUUACCGGACAUGUGUGAGGAAGAUCUCGCGUCAUGGCAACCGCAUCAUGUAUCACUGCAGUCUCCUACACGUACUCAACCAGGCACUGCUAGUUGUGAUAUUACAACUCCAGCGGGUGGGAGCCAUUUCACCAGUAUCACUGCUAACGUUGUCAAUGACAACCGACAUGAUGAAAUGCUAAGGUCCCGAAAAGAGGGUAAAGGGCAUCGCCAAUUAGCCAUCGAUCCGUCUGAAGAUAGCUUGAAUGGAGCCCAGAGUGAAGUCCCCGCCAUUGCAGCCACUGCAACCAGCAAUACCACCACCACCACAACCAGCAGCACCACCAGCAGCACCAUCACCACCACCAGCAGCAGCAGCAGCACCAGCAGCAGCACCAGCAGCAACAGCAGCAGCAGGAUCGCGGACACACACCAGAAACGAAACACACCAACGUCAAGCAAACAAGCCGUAGCCACCACAGGAACAGCAGCUGGCACAGGAACAGCAGCUGACACAGGAACAGCAGCGGACACAGGAACAGCAGCUGACACAGUCACUGGAUGGCCCACACUCAGCAACUCACAGCCGUUCAGCAUGAAAACAGCCGAAGACACUGCAGCCGCCGCCAAUCAUUCUCCUUAUCUCAGUCAGGAUUCCGAUCUGGAAACUGAAGUCUAAACAAUAAACAUACACGUACAUGUACGUCAUGUGAUUAUCUUGACCAUAGGUCACAUGACCACUAUGGUCAUGUGACUAUCUUGACCAUAGGUCACAUGACCACUAUGGUCAUGUGACCAUCUUGACCAUAGGUCACAUGACCACUAUGGUCAUGCAUCGUAAUGAACUGUACCUGUAGUCACUCUGAAUAGCAUGUGAUCACCCUGACAACGUGUGAUGUAUGUGUUCAGCCCGAGGACAUAUGAUCAGCCUGAAGACACAUGUCAUGUGAUCAGCCAGAGGACAUGUCAUGUGAUCAGCCGGAGGACAUUUGAUGUGAUCAGCCCGAGACCAAAUCACAUGAUGAUCCUGAGCAAUACAUCAUCAGAUUCUGAUUGUAGUGAUCAGUCGGGAUGUGCACGUGAUGAUAUGAUCGGUCUGAAGUUAAACUUUGUUGAAGUUUUAUUUUACAUUGCAAAACAAACGGGUAUCAGUGACGCCCAAUAUUUAAAGUAUUAUAACGGCGAUAGAAUAAAAGAUGGAGUGCUGCUGCUUCCGCUGCUGUUGCGGCUGCUGCUGGUCCUUCCGCUGCUGUUGUGGCUGCUGCUGCUGCUGGUGGUGUUGGUGACCAGGAGCCGGACCCGGUUAGUCCAGUCUGGCCCCAGACUUGGUGGAUAAUGCUCGAAAACUUCAUUGACAGACUGUGCUCGAAAAGCAAGUACAUAACCGCCUAUCUUUAUUUUCUUUACUACUAUUAUUCACAAACCCAGCUCGGAAAAUAAAUGAUUAUGUGGACAAAAAAACAAACAGCUACUGAGUAGGGCCUGCACUGUGCAGCAGUG